CGCAAAAUUAAAACAUUACGUAACUCCUCCAAAAAAAAAUUACGUAACGCUAGCACCACCGGCGACUGGUGGCGCCAUGGGCUCAGCGGCUACGUCCCUGGGGUUCCUGCUCCUCACCGUCAACUCGAUCAUGGCGAUCCACAGGUCAUGGGGCGACGCCAUGGCGGCGAUCUUCGUGAUCGGGUCGUACGCCGUCCUCGUCCUGCUCUUCUACUGCCUGCGGUGGCUGGAGAGGGCGCCUCCUGGUUCAGCCGCCGAGGACCGGGCGAGGGCUGGCGUCUGGGUCACCACCAUGUUCCUCACAGCCAUGAUUUCUUGCGGGGUCGUCCCGGUGAUGCCGGGGCUCAUGGCCGCCGCUGUCUGGUUGAUCGUCCGGUGAUCGGCCUGGGGGAUUCUACGCGCUCUUCCUUCUCCCCAUGGAUGACUGAAGACUUUGUAAAUAAUUCAAGGAUAUUCUCAUGAUCCUCUCCGCCGUGUAUAAUACAUAAUCUGAUGACAGACAAUGAGUUGUUUGAGUUGUCGGUUAUUAGUUGACUUGUUGUGUAUGUAAUAUGUAUACACUUGUUUAUAUA